GUUCAGACAAGCACCAGACGAGCCUGACCUAUGGCCGGGCGCCGGGAUUAGAAAAACUCUCGGAACUCAUCAAAAGUAAAGGUACCAUCAUGAUGCUGAGGUUCCUCAGGACACUCACACACUCCUCUACCUCCUGGCAUGUUUCCUGCACCAGACUGGUGAGAAGACCUUACUGUUCUGUCUCAGUUGACACCAAAGUGUUGGAGUGUGGUGCACAAGUGGAGCUCCACCACCCCCGCUGGCCUCACAGUCUCUACCUGCCUUACCUCUGGUUGCGGGAUCACUGCCGCUGCCCUCUGUGUUACAACCACAAAACACAUCAAAGAAUUUACGAUGUUAAUGAUAUUAAUUUGAACAUUCGGCCAGCUGCUGUUAGCACAACUAAAGAGGUAUUAAAAAUAAAGUGGCCAGAUGGCCAUAACUCUGAAUAUGAGUACAAGUUCCUGUGGCAGAAUUCUUUUGAAGGUCAGAGAACAUCAUAUAAAGUUCCUCGGCUCCUUUGGAAAGCUACAACGUUCCCCGCAGCACACCUGACCACGGUUCCUCUGGGAGACCUUUAUGAUCCUGAGAAAGAUGGUGUCCGGAGACUCAUAUACUCUGUCAUCAGACAUGGGUUUGCCUUCAUCUCAGAGGUUCCAGCUGAUACUGAGUCAACAGAGGCAGCCAUAGAAAAAAUUUGCCUCAUCAAGAAGACAUUCUUUGGAGAAAUGUGGAGCAUGCAGGCGAAUAACUUUAAGCAUUAUGAUACUGCAUAUUCCACAGACUUUAUUGGUGCCCACACGGAUAACACAUAUUUUUCACAAGCAAGCAGAAUCCAAGUGUUCCACUGUUUGCAGCCAGCUACAGAAGGUGGCAAGACAUUGCUUGUCGAUGGGUUCAACAUAGCAAAGCAAUUCCAAGAGAAGUAUCCUGAGGGAUAUGAAUUCCUCUCAUCUGAAGCCAUACCUUCUGAGUUCAUAGAGGAGGGCAAGCACCAUCUCUCCCUCGAUACUGUUUUUAAAAACAACCCAGUCACGGGUAAUAUACAACAGAUCAGGUACAACAUAUAUGAUCGUGCUCCUCUGUCGUCACUACCCAUGAAGAAGAUACAAGAAUUCUACUUGCAUUUUAACAAUCUCACUAGGAUCGUUAGGAACCCUAAGAAUGAAUAUUGGCUAAAAUUGGAACCAGGGACAGUGCUACUUUCUGACAACUGGCGAUUGAUGCAUGGUCGUAGUAACUUCAGUGGCAUGAGAGCUAUGACUGGUUGCUACCUGGAUAAUGAAGAGUUUACCAGUAAAGCCCGAAGUCUAAACAUACAGUUAGAUUAGAGCUCAACGUAAAUGAGUUGCUUUGGUUAUAUCAUUAUAUUCAUGACAAAAGUGCUAAAGCUAUUAGUCAUAGAGUGCCUGAGGAAAUGGAAGGCUAUUGGGUUCAGUCCAAGGAAAGGUAAGGUGGGUCUAAUUCUUUGGAUCAAGUGCCCAUUUCUGCUAUCAUGGCACCUUCCUUGAAGGGCCAAAAGUGAGAUCACAGUCUAGCAUUAUUAUUAUUAUAAUCAAGGGGGAAGCACUAAACAGUCUAGCAUUAAUUUAAUAAAGAUUUUUAUUCUUACAUAAAAUGCAACUGCUAUAUAGUAUUUAUAAAAAAAAUGCUAAACCAGUUUGAGUCCUAUAGUGCCUAUAAAGUGCAGUAAACAAAAAUAGUUGAUUGAUAAUCACAGUGGCAGAUAAGUACUGUAGUGAGCUGUCUU